UAUAUAUCUAAGACUGUAAACAACUGUCGGAACCUACGGGAACAUAUGUUGACACAUUAUUAAUGCCAUUGGAACAUUCAUCGAGUGACUAUCUAUCUUGUACGAGCACACAAUUCUAUUACUUUCGCUAAGAACCAUAUUGAUAUGGACAUAAAUAAAGUACUUAUAUAUUGCGGACCACGGACGUCUCUAUAUUACAAUAAGUUUUUUCAUCCAAGCUUGUGUCAUGUUUGCAAGGAUAAAAAGAAGGCGGUAACAAAAUGCGAUCGGUGCUGCUUGGUCUCUUACUGCAGCGAAGAUCACAAAAAUCUGCAUUUACCACAACACCGCGAAUUUUGCGAAGCAGUAGAACAAUUUUUGUUGGAGGACUCGAAAUGGUUUACUCGUCGAGGCACGUUGCAAGAAUGGAUCGAUACACAAAUUUAUUUUGGUGGAUCAAUCCAAAAGAAUAUAUCCCGUGAAUUUGAGGAAUAUGAAACGCAGAUAUUCGAAUACGCAAAAUCGUGCCUUAUCUGUCAUCAACAGAUUAAUCUGUAUACCUGCAACAAAUGCAUGUCCGCCGAAUUUUGUCUGGGACACAAAGAGAAAUUUGAACAAGAACAUGAAUCCGAGUGUACGAAUUUAUUAUUAUGGCUUAAUAUACAGUUGUCAUAUUUCCAAAUUCAAAGUAAAAUUUCAUUAUCAAUGAAAUUCUUGAACUUUCCUGAUGAUAAUAGACCUUUCGAUGACAUGGCAACGUUUAUUAUACAAUAUGUACAAGAAGAAAUUGGUCAAUGGUACGCCGUGGACUAUAUUUAUACUGAUUACGUAUCAGGACCACUGACGUUACAUCAUGGGAUGAAGGAAGCAAAGUUAUUGCAUUUACUAGAGACCGGGUCUAUUUAUAUUAUUCACGUUGUAGGCGCAAAUUCUGAAGAUAGAUACGGUUUACCUGCUUGGGAAAUGUUGUUACAUCUCUUACCUAACAUAAAGAUACUGAUAAUUGUGUUUAUAGGGCCAGAUUUACAAGAUGAAUUGGGUAUCCACGAGCUUUGUCUCCGUUGCAGGAAUAAUAAGAAAAAAUUGAUCUUUGAAUGUUGUCCUACGUUUUAUCAUGAUUAUGUUGCUAAAGGGAUAUAUAAGCAACCUAAUUUGAUCAUAGGAUUUAAUACAUUAUUAUCAUAUACAGAAACAUGGUCGGAAAGUAUAAUAGCAAUGCAGGCUCUAAAUUGUCCGAUACUUUUAACCGCUAGAGAUCUAAUUACGAUGGAAGAUGAAAUAGAUGAGAUACAGAUAAUUCUGGAUACUGCUAUAAAUCCCGUUUUUUGGGGUAGUAAUAAAUUCAAAUCUCUAAGACCGCAUAGAUACUUCAAUGAACUAUAUUUUCGUAAUUCGUAUUUAUUUAUCUACGAUACUUUGAACAAUUACAGCAAUGAAGACGAAAAGCAGCAAAAGAUAUGUAAGAUACGUGUAAACAUAUUCACUCUUUAAUAAGGUGUUUUAUAAAUAACGUACACUCGGCUAUAAAAAUGGUUUGCAUAUUUUUCUCUCGAUACAAUUAUAAUAUUCUAAGUUGUCUGAGUUAGGAGAUAUUAUUCAUACGUUUACGCAGUAAUCACUUGGAAUAGAAGC